AUGUCUGUAAUCAUAUACUUCUUUCUAUUAUUCUUGGUCUCUCAUUCAACUCCUCUGUCAUUUGAUUAUGCAAGUUUUGACCCUAGUAAUCGUGAAAUAAGGUGCGAAGGUGGUGCUACUUUUGUAGAAUCAGCCAUCCAACUCACACCAAAUCAAAUUUGGACUACUGGACAUGCUCGGUGUGUGGAACCCAUGCAUCUUUGGGACAAGGCCACCGGAAGUCUCGCAGACUUCAAAACCAACUUUUCCUUCGCCAUCGAUUCCUUGAACAAUGCGUCACAUGCUGAUGGAAUAGCUUUCUUUAUGGCUCCCCUUACUUACCAUAUGCCAGUGGAUGCAGAUGGUGCUGGCAUUGGUCUUGCGAGCGGGGACGACAAGUUCAACUCAUCUGCUAAUCCAUUUGUUUCGGUGGAAUUCGACACCUAUCAUAAUAUAUGGGAUCAAGAGAAUGAUCAUGUGGGUAUAAAUAUCAACUCUGUAAGGUCCAUACAAAGCAUGACAUGGUAUAGUAGUCCUAUGGAUGAGAAAUUAAUGAAUACUUGGAUAGAUUACAAUUCUACUGCAAAAAUUCUAAGUGUUGUCUUCACUGGAAUUAAAGAUGCUGUGUUCUUAAAGCAGGAGCUUUAUUAUGAAAUUGAUCUUAGAGAUCACCUGCCAGAGUGGGUUAAUGUUGGCUUCGCUUCUGCAACAGGGAUGUAUUCUGAAAUUCACCUUCUUCACUCUUGGCACUUCAGCUCAAAUUUGCAAAUCAACACUCCUUCACCUGCCAUGCCUAGCAUCAGUCCCGGUGAAAGAGCUAACUACAAAAAAUUGUAUUACAUUGGUGGUGCUGUUUCAUUGGGGGUGGUUUUAAUUUUAAUGUUUCUAUACUUGUGCAAGAAUAGAAUUGGAAGAUUUCAUAUCAAGAAUUGGUUCUUGGAACUGAUUAAGAACUUGACGAGGGAAAAGAGACCAGCUGCAGAUUCUUCGAGGGAUGUUGAAUUUCAAAAUCUCGCCGGUGCUAUGAGGAUUACAUAUUCAGAAUUGGCUCGUGCCACCGAUAACUUUGCAGCAGAAAGGAAGGUUGGGGAGGGAGUAUCCGGUGUUGUAUAUAGAGGCUCUUGGAAUGGUGAGGAUAUUGCGGUUAAAAAGUUUAAAGGAAAUUCAGGGCAGGAAAUUAUAGAUUAUGAAUCUGAAGCCAAGGUAAUUAGCCAGUUGAGGCAUAGACAUUUGGUGAAACUUAUUGGCUGGUGCCACGAAAGUGCAGAAUACUUGCUUGCUUAUGAGUACAUACCUAAUGGUACUCUUGAAUCACAUCUUUUCAAUCGGCCAAGCAUCUUAUCAUGUGAAAACAGAUACAAGAUUUGUAGAGAAAUAGCCUCUUCUAUACAUUACUUGCAUGAAGAAUAUGAACAAUGCGUGUUGCAUAGAGAUGUUAAACUAAGCAACAUCAUGUUGAAAUCAAAUCUAGAAGCAAAGUUGGAAGACUUUUGCUUAGCCAGAUUUGUUGAACAUGAAAGCGGCUCAAGAAAUACGGCAGUUGCCGGGACCUUAGGAUAUAUGGCUCCUGAAUAUUUUCAAACAGGCAGAGCCACCAAGGAGUCAGAUGUCUUCAGCUUUGGAGUUGUUGUCUUGGAGAUUGCUUGCAGACGAAGGCCGAUGAUAUCACAUGCUGACGGAAGAGAGGUUCCCAUAAGAGAAUGGGUUUCAGAAUUUGAACAAAAUGGGCGGCUUCUUGAAGCAGCUGAUGAUCGUCUAAGAAGAAAUUUUGAUGAGGACCAAAUGAAACGGUUGUUGGAUGUGGGUCUCAGAUGUGCAAAUCCAGACUCCGCUUCUCGACCAUCAAUAAGACAAGCACUUGAUUUGCUGCCACCCUUGCCAUCUACUUUGUUCUGGUCUGUACUUUCAGACAUGAUCCAUUAUAUUACUGCAACAUUUGGAGGAAGCCCAAGCAGAAAUCCAGGUCGUCAUGAUGAUUCAUCCCAGUUUGCUUCUUCAGCCUCCCUUGCCCGCUAUGGUUCUUGAAUCCUAUUAAGAUUUUAUGUUCUGUA